CGCAGCAGCCGCCACACGCACAUGCACACGCACACGCACACACAGACACACGCACAUACACAUGAGGAGGGUGCGCCAGGCAUGGGUACAAGCACAGCCACAGCCACAGCCACAGCCACAGGGAUACGGCACAAGACGUCUACGCGCACCUCCAGUCGAGACACGUCUAGUAGACCCUCCAGCGGCCUCAGUAUGAAGAGCAGCGGUGUACGGGAUGGCAGGCGGUUUACCACUAGAACGCCUAACACACCCGGCACACCGGAUUUAACGGACUUAGAGCUUUAUCCAGAACUCAAAGCGGUGGCGCGCAAAGUGAGUGCGCUCAAGCACACGCCGUGGGUGGAGGGGAAGGAGUGUAUGGCGUGUGAGGCGGAGAGACUGCGGAAGACGCAGCGCAAGACAAAGGAUGGCAGCUACAGCCGAGGGUCACGCGAAAGGUACACUUCGGCCUAUCGGAAGAAGGCGGUGGUCUGAGAGGGGUUAUAUUCGGUUUUAGGGUUUUUGGAAACCCUAUGCCAGCUGGCAACUGUGCCGAUUUCAGGUUGAACCACAACAGAUGUGCGUUUACAGGGAUAGAGUGUGCUGGGCGAAUGAUGGGGGGAAGGUAUAGACAGAACGAAACAACCAGAGACCGACUGAAAACUCUACCGCGAUAAAUGUAUAAGGCGAGAGUGGUGG